GAAACAGGGCAUCGUUCGAACAAAACCCGACUCGGUCCGAACCGGCUCCAGGCGGCCUUUUCGAGAGAGCCCAAAAGGGCGGCAGCGGCACCGAUGGAGGACGACGGCGACGACUGGUUGGCCGCCGACAAGCUCGAGCACCUCCUCGCCUGCUUCGCCAUCGCCAUCCUCGUCGCCGCCCUCGCUGGCCGGAGCCGCCACGCCUUCCUCCGCCGGCGGAGCGUUGCCCUCGGCUCCAUCGCGGCCCUUGUCGCCGGGGCUGGCAAGGAGGCCGGGGACGAGAUCGGACUCUGGCAUUCUGCCGGCGCCUCCUCCAAGGACGCUGCGGCUGACGUCCUGGGCGUGCUUCUGGCCGCCGUCUUCCUCUCCAUCUCCAGGAGGUUCUGGCCCUCCUCCCGACGCGAGAUCGAAGUGGCUGCAGAGGAUUCGAUUGUCUAGAUCCGACCAGACUUCUACAAACCCUAAACAUUUCGACAUAUUUCACAAGAAUAUCUACCUACCUUCUCUCCUCUCCAAUCCAAGAAGCCCUGGUAAAGUUCUUCCGUUAAUAUCAUUAUUGACCGCCUUCUUUCUCUGCUUUAUAUAAUUUCUUCUAAUAUAUAUUUUGAAUUUUCUUGAUCUAUAACAAUGUUUCUUGAAAAUGGAACUGGUAGAAGAAAUCCUUUGAACGAUUUAGCAAAAUGGAGGGUGUUAGGGUGUUAGCCAACAAAUAUACCGUGGCUGACGAGUCAGCACGGCUAGGUCCGCGGAUUGAUGUCGGGAGCUUUAUGUAGGGUGAACUGGAUGAUGAGGUGGCCGUGCCCUCGGGAAGGAGUGCUGGUUGGCGUGGGUCGAAGACAGCUCUCCUUUGCGCGGUGGAUGACGUCCGAGGUUGAGGCGCUCGCCGCUCACGUGUAGUUGUUCACCUGCAAAAAUGGUCCUCGCUGAGUGAUCCCCGGCUUUGGCCCCUCCGACGAGCAAGUCGUGCAAAAAUGGAUUGGUUUUUAUCUCUUUUUUUUCCUUUUCUUUUUUUCUCCCUUGGGCCUCGCUGGCCAGGGGCUUUAUAUUAUUGCACGAGGGUCGGUAGCACGUCGAUUCGGCGUGGCCACUGACCCUCGAGGGAUGGGAUGACACAUCUGACCAAUCGCUGUCCCGGGACGUGCGGAGUAGCAUCAUACGGCACCGCCCCGAGCUCUCGGGACGGGACAUGUGGAACAGCUUCUCGGUACGGUUCUGACUUAGCGUGUGGUGUCAGCUGAGACGUAUCUGAGGCCAAAAUACGUAUCAGAGGGGAUGUUAAUAGAUUUCAUAUGAUUGUUGAGGGUUUCAAUGUUUCCAAAAUCAAAUAUGAUCAAUUGAUGAAUAAAGCUAGAGGUGGUUUGGCGGUGGAGGUAGGAAAAGUAGCAGUGGUUAGGGACUUCUCAGUUUCAUAGUUGGAAGUACUGCUAUGUCAAUAAACUUAGAUUAUAUCAAACAUCUUGCUAAGACUUUAUGUUCUGUCAUUUAUCAAUGAGAAGGAUUCCUAGUUUAAACUACUCCUUGGGAUCCAUGAUGAAGGAAAAUAAGGAUUAAAGCAAAUAAAGAAAAAGGGGGUAAGUUUUUUUUUUUAAUCUCUAUUUGUCAUUGUGGUGCAUAAUAAACAUAUGGACAAGCCAAGAUAAUAGAGAGAGCAAUAUUAUGAUAGUAGAAAACGUUAAGUCAUAGGUCUUUAGUCGAGACUUAUUUCAUUGGUAUUCAAAUGGUUCAUUCUUGCUAUCAUUAGUAUUUUUUUUUUUUGGAAAAAACAUUAAGUAAACAUAUGAGGUAAAAAAAAUCUCCAUAGUUCAUAGCACCAAAGCCUUAGUUUAGCAUGAUUGGCUAACCAGUUAACAGAUUCAUUUCAUUUUCUAUAUACAUGAGUGAUUAAGAAGGAAUAAAAAAAUUUUAAUGUAUGUCAAAUAUCCUCAAUCAAAUUUCACAAUACACAAGGACUUUUGAGAACACGAACCAGCUAAGAUUCCUAUUCUACAUAUAUCAACUUGACACCAUAUUGUAUCAUAAUCUUAAGUUCAAUACACUUGCAUCCAACAAAUAAAGGAUCACCAGUAUCACUUCUUAGAAGAAAAUCCAAACCUUGUUACUCUAUCUCCUCAUAGGAUCCAUCACAACUAAUAACCUGUUUGUGGUCUACACUAAGAUAUACUGUGAUGCAUUACAGGUUGGGCUUUGCUUCCCACUCCAUCUAUUAUUCUUGGUGUGGUUCAAGUGACGGAGGAUAUCACCAUCUCAUAUGACACCCAACUUGUGGUGCUAAAUCAUUUCAUUCAUCGGAGAGUGUUGUCAUGUAGACAUAGCCCCAACCAUUAUUCUAUUUCAUGCAUGCUCUCAAGAGGGGUUUAAGGUUAAGGGCACCUGAAGCUCCAACAAGGGUUGGAAGGGAUGCUUUUCUUUAUUGGAUGGGAUAAUUUCAAUCUUGUGUGGUCAACUCACUCUGUCCCGAAUCUUUCCUUGAUACUAUUCUUAGAGGAAAAUAGUCAAGUUCUUCAAUUGGUAGAGACAUUAUCAUCUUUCUUAGCCAUCAAAAGGAUUGAAGAAGGGUGGUUCAUUGAAGUUGGUUUGAGCCUGGUUCCUUUGGGUAUCAUUAACGAGUGGAAGAUCGUCGCAUGUCUAGCACUUGUUUCCUAAAUAGAUAUCUCGGUAAGAUACGAUAAAACAAGGGGCAUAAAAGAAGGCCACAACUAGAGAAUCCACUCCUUUGGUAGAGACGGAGACCCUAAGAGAUCGAAGUUCUCGAGGGAGUCAUGCUCGCUGAGGUGGUGGCUAAGAGAUGCAUCCCAAAAAGCUCGGGGUCAUCAAGAAGCAGAGGAUCUCUAGCAUGUCUACAUCGAGGCCAAGCUUUAUCACCACUUCGGGAAGCCACCCUCCAUCUGACCUCCUAGUGCUCGAGAGUGAGUCAAUCGAAAAGAAUACCUAAUGCCAAUAUGUGUGAGAUUUCUACAAACACAAGCCCAUACCUUUUAUGGCAUUUUAGAUAUCUAAUUUGCUUGAUUCAUUACUUGGGGAGCUAUUGCAAUCGUAAUAGGAUCUCAAUCCAACUGACAUCCUAUGAAAGAAUGGGAAGAUGAUGAGCCAUUCCCUAUGGGGUGUGCUUAUCCCCCCUCUUGGCCAAACGGUGUACAUGGUGUCUUCAAAGUUGCUAAAAGCUAAGGAGGCACAACCACUAUCUGAUGACCUAAUAGAUCGGGUUGGCAAUUCCAGAUCCAUAAUUUUCAUCUUGAACGAAGAGGUGACAAACUUUGGGAGCAAGUCAUCGAGCUAGAGGUGCGAGUCAACCCAUGAAAAGUUGCCAACAUAAAGGCGAAGUUGGUCGAGGCAUAGGAUCUAGUUGAAUCAUUUCAACAUAAUAAUGCUAAGUAGAGAUCGACUCUAAAGAGAAUUUGAGAUUACAAUUGUCAAAUUGAGAAUGAAUUAUUGAAGUUUCAAAGCCAAAUCCAUACCUUGGAGACUCAAGUGGUUAAGUUGAUAGACCACAUGUAGGCUAUAGCAUCGUAAUGGGCGACAAAAUCAUCAUCACCUAUAAGGAGCUUAUCGACUUUAAGAAGGGGCUUCUUCUCCAAACGGGAGAACCCAUCACUCUGAUGCUGACCAAGUGCCUAUAUUUAUAAUUCAAGGAUCCCCCCACGGUGAGUAGUCCAAGGACGUGAGUAUUAAGAUGGAGAUGAAGCAAGGCUUUAAUGAUAAUCUCGAGUCAUCAUUUGAAGCAUUUUUUGCGUAAGAAAGAUGUUAGUGUCAAGGGUGAAGAAGCUAUCAGUAGAGAAGUAUGCUUAGGACUUAGAGAUCUACUUUUAUCUUUUUGUGGAUCGGAUUUUUGUAUUUGUAAUACAUUCGACUCUCUAUAUGUACUGUCUUUCUUUUUGAACCUUGAAUGAAA